GACGUCCAUGAGCUUGCCUUGUCCCGGGUCAGCCAUGCACCGAUACCUCACAUUCCUCCCCUCCCACAAAUCUAUAUAAACCCCGUCGUCGCUGAACCACCGGCCUUCGUCCUCACCAUACUUUGACGACGAUCCCGCCCUUCACUCCCUUUGGUGUCCCCUUCAGCAUGUCCUCCGCAUCCCAGCCCAUACCUCCUCCAAACGAUCGCCGCGGUUCACGCUCCUCCCGCUCCUCCAGCAAUGCCGGUUUUCCAGAACCCAUGAACAGCUCAGAUAUAGCUGCUUCCGAGUCGUCCGGCUUUGUCGUUGGAGGCCCGCCGGGCAGCCCCUCUCCUUUGGCUCUGCGAGCAUCCACCUCACCCCACCGUCGAAAGAGCCGUGGUGCCAGGAUCCCCCCCGAUUUCCACCUACUCGACUACGUAAACACUCCAGACAGCAACCUCAUCUGCCUCAUCUGUCAUUGCCCCUUCGACCGUCCCGUACGUCUUGCUUGCGAGCACUACUUCUGCCGUAUUUGCCUCGACCAUGCGUGGGAUGCCCAGCCUGAGGGGUGCAAGACAUGUCCGACAUGCCGGCACAAGGUCGAUGCAGAUGAAGAGCCUUUGCCCGUACCUAAGAUACUAGAGAGGAUGCUGGACGAGCUGCUGGUCAGGUGUCCUAACUCCAAACUGGGCUGUCCCUGGGUCGAACAGCGCUCCAACCUGGAGAAUCAUGUUAUGCUAUACUGCGAAUACGCGCUGGUCGAGUGCCCGGCGUCCGACUGUCGUUUACCGGUUUCACAGAAGGACUGCCACAAGGGCUGCUUACAUUACAGUGUAAGCUGUGACAACUGUCACACCUCUCUGCUCAGGAAGGAUCUAGAGGAUCACCAGCGUGCUACUUGCCAGUUCCGCUUCGCUCCGUGUCCGCACUGUUCCGCUGAGCUGCUUCGCUUGGACCUGAACGCUCACAUUAAUGACGUGUGCCCGAAGGCUACUGUGCAAUGCCCGGGCUCCAUUGUGGGCUGCAAGUAUAGUGCGGAGCGAGAGACAGUGGCAGAGCAUGAGACUGCUUGUCCAAUGGCUACAAUGGCGCCUUUCUUCCGCGACCAACAAGCCCGGAUUGAGAGGAACGAAGCUCGUUUCGAGCCGCUGGUACGGAAGGUCGGCAUCUUGGAAGAUGGUCUUUCCAACAUUACGAACAUGCUGUAUCCGGCCAACGCCAACGACUCCUCCUUCCCAGUCACCAAUCCUCUGGAUUCCAACAACCCCGACGCUUUCCCUCCUGCGCCCCUUAUGCCGACACCCGACUUCCGCUUACCACCAGCAUCAUUCCCCCCUGCCCCACACAAUAACGACCAGUCUCACUCCCAGCCUCCUUUUGACUCACAAAUCCACCACCUCCUCACGCUUCACGACUCGCUCCGCGACGAGCUGUCCCGCGUCGCCAGCGCACUCAGCGAACUCGAAGGCCGCACCAGCAUGAUGAUUAUGAACGAGAACCAACGCGUCAAAGAAGAAAUGCUGCAUACCAAUGCCGCCAUCAACGGAAUGCGCGUCCAGUUGCACUGGCUCAUGAGCGCGACGCUGCACCAGCGUACCUCGGCGUCGGCAAGCAGUUCGGCGACAAGGGCCGGUGGUAGUGCAAGUGCGAGCGGGAGUGGCCGGAGUAGUGCAAGUGGUACGCCAACGACUGGUGGUGCGACGAUGCGCGGGCCGGCGGUGGGCAUGCCACCGCUGAGGAGGUUGAGCGAUUCGAUUAGGCAGGAUACGAAGUUGUAAUGAGGUAAUCGCCAUUCGAUAUGACUUAUGAUUAUGGGCUUUCUUUUUCACUGAAAAUGGCUGAAAAAAAGCUGGGUUCCGACAAAGGCUUUAUCGAUUGCCCCUUGCGGCGGCGUUUCAGGAAUAUUUUAUUUCAUGCGGUUCCAUGGAUAUACCCCUUUUGUUCUGGUUUGGGAUGGAUUCGCCGAUCAUGGCUAGGGAAAUGCAAGGACAGCGAGGAAUGGGGAAGCAGUGAGCUUCGAUUCAAAAGUGUUUUCGAAGUUGGGGCGGACACAUAUUUAGGGCGAGUAGAGCAGCUAGCCGGCUUGGAGUGCUAUGGAGGGCUUAGGUGGGGGUUGAAAGGGGAGAUUAGACAGUGAAUAGAUGAAUAAGUGAAAUGGAUUCGGU